UAGUUUUUGGAGCACAUGUGCCAAAACAAAACAAAUUUCGCCGACUUUUAAUUGUGUUUUAAUUGUAAUUAAAGCUGAAAAAGAUACAUUAACUACUAUAAAAUGCAGGUGGAGAACCUAUACACCUCGGUGGCCUGCAAUCGCUGCACGGAAUGCGCGGAUUGGGGUCCAAAUGGCUGGAUUGCCUAUGGAGCCUGCAAUGCCAUAGCGAUAAUGGAUCCAAAGUUCCAGGGCAACUCGGCCAAGAUCCUGUUCACCCUGGUGGAACACGCAAAGCGGGUAAACACCGUCAAGUGGUUGGAUCACGGCAAACUCAUCUCCGGUGGCGAUGAUGGAAAUGCGAUUUUCUGGGAACUUGGAGAAACGGGAGCCACCAAGAGCAUUCCCCUAAAAGGACACACAAGUGGGGUAAACGCAGUGGAUGGAGUGCGUCGACAGGAUGGCUCCUGGCUUCUGGCCACCGCCGCGGCAGAUAGCACCAUCAAAUUGUGGUCACUCCAGGAGGACACUUGUGUGUGCUUCCAAACGAUAUCCCUUGCUGGAGGAUUCUGCUUCUCCCUGCGCCUGGAGCUGCUGCCCAAGAGCAACAAUGUCCUGCUGGCCUUCAGUGGCGAUGACGAAUCGGUUUCCCUGUGGACGGAGCAAUUGGAAGCCACAGGUGGUGGCGAUUCACUGGGCCUGCAGUUCCAACGCGUUCACAAGCUUCUCGGUCACGAAGAUUGGGUUCGCGGGCUGGACUUUAUCGACGAUGGCGGGGACCUGCUGCUGGCCAGCGUCUCGCAGGAUAACUUCAUUCGUCUCUGGAGGAUUGCGCCGCGCAGUGAGGAGCAAAUGCGGGAGAAUCGCAUCGAUCUGCUGCAGCUAAGCGAGAAUGAAGCCGAGAUAAAGGUGGAGGAGAAGAUUCUGCAACUGGGCAGGGAGGCCUGGUAUGCUGUGAGUCUGGAAUCGGUUCUAUACGGCCACGAGGGAUGGAUUUAUGGUGUUCACUGGCACAAGACGGAGGAACAGGAACUACGCCUUCUCUCCGCCUCCAUUGACAAAACCCUCAUCGUUUGGGCCCCCACGGAGCAGGGCGUUUGGCUGGAGCAAGUGCGCGUUGGCGAAGUGGGCGGCAACUCGAUGGGCUUCUUUGGUGGCAAGUUCUCCGGCGACGGGCACUCGAUCAUGGCCCACAGCUACCAGGGUGGCUUUCACAUCUGGAAUCAGGAUCCAGAACGCCCGCAACUCUGGACCUCCAAUGUCAUUGUGGGCGGUCAUUACGGCGAGGUGAGGGAUCUGGCCUGGGAACAUGAUGGCGCCUAUUUGAUGACCGUCUCAGCGGAUCAAACAACGCGUCUGCAUGCUCCUUGGCUGCAGGCUGAGGCUAAUCCCACCUGGCAUGAACUGGCGCGUCCACAGGUUCAUGGUUAUGAUAUGCAGGCAUUGGCUUUGCUGUCGCGCUAUAAAUUCGCCAGUGGCGCCGAGGAAAAGAUUGUGCGCACCUUUCAGGCGCCAGCGAACUUUAUUGAAAACUUUCGUCACAUCAGCGGGAUAAAGAACGAUGAGGCUGGUGAUGCCCUACUGGAUUCUCUGCCCAAAGGAGCCUCCGUGCCUUCUCUUGGUUUAUCAAACAAGGCGGUCUAUAAAGUAGAAACCGACCAAGAGUCGUCUGGCAAAGGCAAAGAUGAGUAUCCCGAUAAUUACUUUGUGCCCAUUACUUUGGAAACGCCACCGCAGGAGGAGACCUUAAUGCAGAAUACACUUUGGCCUGAGCUGCAGAAGCUGUAUGGCCAUGGUUACGAAAUCUUUGCCUUGGCCGCCACUGCCGAUGGUUCCGUCUUGGCCUCCACUUGCAAGGCCAGCAAUGCCGAGCAUGCUCAGAUAAUUCUAUGGAACCCCUCGAACUGGAAACAGCUGCAGAAGCUGAGUGGCCAUCAGUUGACGGUCACCCAGCUGAGUUUCUCCCCCGAUGCGCGUUACCUGCUGUCCGUCUCCCGGGAUCGUCGCUGGUGUCUCUACGAGAGGCAGGACUCCUCCGGGGCUUACCAACUGGUGGCCAGUACGGACAAAUCCAAUGGAGUACACACACGCAUCAUUUGGUCUUGUGAUUGGUCGCACGAUGGCCGACUCUUUGUGACCAGCUCAAGGGAUGGCAAAGUGGUGGCAUGGAAAAAGGGAGAGGACUGCAAGGAAUCUUCACUAAAUGGCUGGCAGGCGGCCGCAGUUUUGGAACUCAAAAAUGAGUCAAUUACGGCUGUGGCUUUUUCCAGUAAUUAUCUAAGCGGAACAGAUGACACAUACAUUCUGGCCUUGGGCACCGAAACCGGGCUGAUAAAGAUAUAUCAGUUGUCUCGGGGAGAGUGGAAGUUGCUUAGGGAUUUGAAUAAGAGCCAAGCCCACCAUCUCACCGUUCGGCGAUUGCAGUUCCGACCUGGAAAUCCACUUCAGCUGGCGAGUUGCGGCGAGGAUCAUUUGGUUCGCAUCUACGACAUAAAGCUCUCAUGAACUUGACUACCCGUGCAUUAAACUAGCCUCAUUAACUUCAA